AUGUGGCGCGUCCGCCAGCGUUACUGCCGCCUGCUGCACGCCGCCCGCAUCAUCCAGAUGUACUGGCGCUGGCACAACUGCCACACCAGCGGCGUUUUCCAGGGCAGCUUCAAGGAGACAGAGAAGAGCGGAAAAGCCGUCGCGAUCCAGGCCUGGUGGCGCGGCACGCUGGUGCGCCGGACCCUGCUGCACGCCGCGCUCAGGGCCUCGGUGGUGCAGCGCUGGUGGAGGCGCGCGCAGGCGCGGCAGCUGGAGGAGCGGCGGCGGGCGGCGCUCGAGGCCUACACCCGGCAGCGGUGGGCGGCGGUCCGGCUGCAGUCCUGCGCCCAGAUGUGGCGCGUCCGCCAGCGUUACUGCCGCCUGCUGCACGCCGCCCGCAUCAUCCAGAUGUACUGGCGCUGGCACAACUGCCACACCAGCGGCGUUUUCCAGGGCAGGUACGAGCUCGCAGCAAACCGGCUGGGGCUUGAGCUGGAGAUCUUCCUGGGGUCACAGAUUUGUCGGAUCACAAACUGCAUCCCCUUCCCAAUAAAGAACUGA